ACUUAGGAAGUGUGACAGUUAUUGGGUCCUUAGAAACUCGGGAUGUGAAGGGGUUUUGAUUUGGCUCUCAAAAUGGCUUGAAAAAGAACCAGCGCACCUGGGGUCAGGCGGGUCAUCACAAUAACAAAAAGCGCCUCUACAAAAUAAAAAGCUCUUUUAUAAAGACAGGCAAUCCGGAAAUCCACUGCGAGCCUUCCUGAUGAUCAUCUAGCCAGGCCUAUUCUCAGGUUUAAUUGGCAGGCGGUUUAUUGGCGCCUUAUUGGUGUUGACUGAAAUUUUGCUUCCAGUUCUUUCUUUUAAGAAUUAGCAUCUCAAGUCGAUUUACCUGAGUCAAUUAUCUUUUUUAGGGUCUGAGUUUGGUCAUAAGUUUGCAAAUAUUCAUUAAACACAUUUCACAAGUAUCUCUCUUUCUCAUUGCUAUCCAAACCUCUAUCAUUUCCUAAGGAAGAUUUUCUUUUUUAAAGCUUCCCAUAAAAAGAAAUUGAUCAGGGAGCUAUAUUUGAAUUAAGACAUAUUAAAUCGAUGACAGAUACAUAUCAUGCUGUGUUUAACAAGAGUUGUACAAGGAGGCGGGUUCCAGAUUCCGGCAAGGCUCUGCUGCACCAUUAUUCACAUUUUUACAGCCUCUCCUUCAUGCCUUCACCCAUUAAACCAUUAAAUUUCAGCAAUUCAAUAAAACAAAGCAGUUAUAAUUUUGAGGAAAAGCUAUUUUGAAAGAGGUGGAGGUACCCAUUUUAUUGCACAAUAAAAAUGCUCAACAAUCUAUAUUAAAGGCUAGGUUGGGCUUAUUUUCUUCUUUCUUUAUUCAUUCUUUUUGCUUUGUUUUUACUUAUAACCUGCAGGAUUGCACACCACGCUGCCAUUAUGGACUUGUUGAUGAUUAUUGCUAAAAAAAUUCAAAUAGAGGAGCCUCCUUUGCAAGGUUCUGAGAGGAAGUGAAGACAGUGGACAAUUCCAAAUAAGAUGCUUUCUUCAUAAACCAUUCAUAGAGAUGACACAGUCCUUCCUUCACCUUGCCUGGGUGGCUUGAGACUGUUUAAGUCUUGGAAAAAACAUUCUGAAAGACUUCGUCCUCUCCAAAUACAGAUAUGGAUUUUGUCUCUGUUGUUUAUUAAAUUGUUUUUCGUUGUGUUUGCACUCAAGCCUUGCUUAUUUCACCUUAUUUGAGCUUCACUGAAGCUUAAAGAAAAUACCCAUUUGAAAUCUGAUUGUACUAUUUUCUUUGUUGGUUUGUCAGUUUUAUAAGAGUAAUGACAUUCUCAAGGCUCGCAGGGAAAUUCCCUGUUAAACAUUGUUCACACCAGUGUAAAUGCAGCUAUGGAAUCAGCUCUUUUCAAAAUAAUUCUUCCCACUUCUCAGGAUGAUCUCACAGAUGAUGGUUUUAUGGAGUCUUUUUUUUUUUAACUUGGACAGCAAACGAAUUAAGUGGAUAACAUGUUUUACUGUAUCCCAAACCCGGAGGGGGGGAAUUUUAGUCAUGAUUUCUUUUUAAAAAAUAAUUUUAUGUAGGGCAGCAGAAACAAUUUAAAAACCUGACUUUAAUUUUUGAGCACCAUGGCAUAUGGCAAAAUUUUAAGAUGUUUUCUUUUUAAAAACUAAAUGACACUUUAGGGCAAUAAGAACCCUUAAGUGUGAGGGAUAUCACAUUUCACUGCCCCCUCCCAAGUGAUGCAAGGACCUAUUUCUCUCUUCAAAAAGAUUUGAUAGCAAAUCGCUUGAAAGGGGGUGAGGCUUACUUUUUUUGAAAGCCAGUUUUUAUGGUUUUCAAGGAAAGCAUCUCUCCUGCUUGAUGAACUUUUUAGAAAAAUGGUAACAGGUUAUUCUAUUAGCACAUAAAGUGCAAAGAUACUGCUUGCUUUUAAAAUAAUUAUUUUAUUGGCUUCAAUCUAACUUGUGGUCCUUUCGGAGAAAAUGAGGCACCCAUGUGGACUGCAUUCUGCACCGGAAGGAGAACUGCUGUUUAAAAGAUAUGGUUUAUUCAGCCGCUUCCCCCUGGACAGAUGCUGUCUGUUCUGCCCUGCCAGUGUAUCUCGGAGAAGCAAAAGUUAGAAUCAUUGCCCGAUGCCCCUCCCCCUCCGUAGAUCUAAUUGGAAGUGGCAGAUCUAGAACCGAUGAGCAGUGAGAUUACACUUCGAGCUGACUCCUUUGAACCAUGCUGAAAAGGAUUCCAUGAGCUAAAAAGUCGAGGUAAGACGGUUCCUUUGGGGAAAGAUGUAUUUUAACUUCACCUGGUGUUUGGCAACCAAUAGGAUUUUAAUAUCCUUUCUCAUUCCGUCUACUGUCUGUGCGCCCUCCGCGAGCGCUCGGCAGAUUGAGUGCCUUCCCAAAUAAGAAGUUUCCACCAUCCUGUCCUCGAGCACGAUGGAGGCCAUACAUCUGUUCACCCCCUCCUCCCCCAGAGAGCAGCCCGGCGCUCUUCCAAGGGAGGAGGUAAGAAAGUGUUUGGAUGCUGGAAGGGACGCGGUGUGCAGUGAGAGAAUGCUUUUGAAGUUGGGGGCUCCCCCUCCCCUCGCCUUUUGCUCCCCAGAGGGGUCCCCCAGCCCAGGGCCGCCUGGCGCCCUUCGGCCGCGUGCCGGCGCACGCUCUCCGCAAGGCGCGUACUGGGAACGCUAGGCGCUGCGCGCGCAGGCCGGCCGCAAACUUUCUGCAAGUGCAACUUGGGCAUCCCGGGGGAGGCGGGGACGCGGGGCUCCGGGGGAGGAGGGGGCGCGAAGCGAAAGCGAAGGCGGCCGCGAGCGCUGGGGCGGGUGCCCGCUGGGCCGAAGGCCGGAAAGGGAGCCAAUCGGGCAGCCGCGCCUGCUGCCAAUCACGCGGCUCCCUCCAAUCCCACCCUUGCCAUUUCCAAAAUCUCGGUCCCACUGUGCAGCUCCGAGGUGGUGUCCGCUCGGCCAAUCGCUGGAGGACUGAGUGGGAACGGGAAUGAGCGGAGUUAGGAGACCAAGACAAAGAAGUUAAAGAGCGCCUAACAUAUACAUGUUUUUGAGGGCGGGCCGAGGGGGGAAAAAAGUACCCCCAGGGAGGGUCCGUGGGUCUGAUUGUGUCGCUCUGAUGGAGCCCCCUUUGAGCAAGAGGAACCCGCCCGCGCCGAGAUUAGCGGAUCCGGCCGCGGCUCGCGCCUGGCCGCUGCAGAACAUGACAGGCUUCCCGGCGCUGGCCAGCGCGCCCGCCCACUCCCGGGUCCGCGCCGCGGCCGCGCACCUCCGCCUGCGGGACCCGGUCGCUGACCCCGGCGUGGUUCGCGCUCCGCUCAGACCGGAGCACAUGGCCCAGGCGAGCGCGCCCGGCCCCAGACCUCCCUCCCAGGCGCUCCCGGCGCCGUCCGAGUCCCCGGCGGCCAACGCCCGCGCCGCCGCCUCGGCCGUGCACCCCGGCGCCCGCACCGCCCCCGGCGUCGGGGGCGCCCGCGGCGGGCCGUCCCCCGCGCCCCCGCCCCCGGCCCCUCCUCCUCCUCCCCCCUCCCCUCCGCCCCCUCCUCCUCCCCCUCCUCCCCCCACCCCUCCUCCUCCUGCCCUCUCGGGCUACACCACCACCAACAGUGGCGGCGGCGGCAGCAGCGGCAAAGGCCACAGCAGGGACUUCGUCCUCCGGAGGGACCUUUCCGCCACGGCCCCCGCGGCGGCCAUGCACGGGGCCCCGCUCGGAGGGGAGCCGCGCUCGGGCCCCGGCUCCCCCCAGCACCCGGCCCCGCCUCCCGCCUCGGGUGGCAUGUUCAUCUCGGCCAGCGGCACCUACGCGGGCCCGGACGGCGGCGGCGGCGGCGGCGGGGGCCCGGCGCUCUUCCCCUCGCUGCACGAGCCGCCGGGAGGCCCCGGCGGCCACCCGCACCCGCUCAACGGCCAGAUGCGCCUGGGGCUGGCAGCGGCCGCGGCUGCGGCAGCGGCGGCGGAGCUGUAUGGCCGCGCCGAGCCGCCUUUCGCGCCGCGCUCGGGGGACGCGCACUACGGGGCGGUGGCGGCCGCGGCGGCCGCCGCCCUGCACGGCUACGGAGCCGUGAACUUAAACCUGAACCUGGCGGCAGCGGCCGCGGCAGCAGCGGCGGCGGCCGCAGCCACAGGACCGGGACCCCACCUGCAACACCACGCGCCGCCCCCGGCGCCAGCGCAACAGCCCCCCCACCUCCCGGGGGCGGCCGGGGCCUUCCUGCGCUACAUGCGGCAGCCAAUCAAGCAGGAGCUGAUCUGCAAGUGGAUCGACCCCGAGGAGCUGGCCGGGCCGCCGCCGCCGCCGCCGCCGCCGCCGCCGCCCCCGGCCGGCGGCUCCAAGCCCUGUUCCAAAACUUUCGGGACCAUGCACGAGCUGGUGAACCACGUCACCGUGGAGCACGUGGGCGGCCCCGAGCAGAGCAGUCACGUCUGCUUCUGGGAGGACUGUCCGCGCGAGGGCAAGCCCUUCAAGGCCAAAUACAAGCUCAUCAACCACAUCCGCGUGCACACCGGCGAGAAGCCCUUCCCCUGCCCCUUCCCGGGCUGCGGCAAGGUCUUCGCGCGCUCCGAGAACCUCAAGAUACACAAGCGCACUCAUACAGGGGAAAAGCCUUUCAAAUGUGAAUUUGAUGGCUGUGACAGGAAGUUUGCCAACAGCAGCGAUCGGAAGAAACAUUCCCACGUCCACACCAGCGAUAAGCCCUACUAUUGCAAGGUCCGGGGCUGCGACAAGUCCUACACCCACCCAAGCUCCCUGAGGAAACACAUGAAGAUUCACUGCAAGUCCCCGCCACCUUCUCCAGGAGCCCUGGGCUACUCAUCAGUGGGGACUCCAGUGGGCGCCCCCUUGUCCCCUGUACUAGACCCCACCAGGAGUCGCUCGAGCACUCUGUCCCCUCAGGUGACCAACCUCAAUGAGUGGUACGUAUGCCAGGCCGGCGGAGCCCCCAGCCACCUGCACGCCCCUUCGAGCAAUGGAACCACUUCCGAGUCUGAUGAUGAGGACAUGUACGCGAACCCUGAAGUCGUGCGGACGAUACAUUAGAUUCGAUCAGUCGCCAUCACCAUCAGUAAAGUAAUAAGUGGGAGCCCUUGGACCGCAUCCUAACCUGAGACAAUGCCGAGCUUCAGACAAACCCGCGACUCAGACUUGCCACCAGGUCUAAUUAGCCCUAUUUAUUUAGUAUGAAACCCUAUGGUGUUGGUACAUUUAAUUAAUUUAAUUAAGAUAUUUGGGCUUUCCCCCCCCCCCUUAGAAAGCAAACGAACAAACAACAACAACAAACCCAACCAAGCUGGACUUGUAUGUUGCAGGGGGACAGGACUGGGAGCAAACUGUGCCAAGGAAGAUAAAUGGAGAGAUCAUAGUUCAUCGAAACACACUGCCAAUGCAAUAUAUGUAGUUCUUUACAAGGGUGAGAAAAAGAGCGUUAAGUCAGCACUCAACACAGCAACAAGGCCCUCUGCACUUCCCGGAGUGCCUCGAGACCGCCUUUGACACCAUAAUGGAGCCCCUCUGCUUCCCGCCUGGGCCCUAAUUCUGCAAAGGCCUCUUGAUUGUAAACCACACACACUUGCUGCAUCACCAACAGAUCCUGGACUGUACCUGUGUCCGAAAAUAUUUGUAAAGACCCUUUCGUUCUAAUACAUGUAAUUUUUCAUUCCCACUCUUUUAUUACUGAUCUCACCAUAACAGUAUUUUUAUACAGGAUUAUUCCUUCAGUACCCUGCUUGUUAUGAUUGAAAAAAAGAGAUGCAGCAGCCUAGUACGUCUCCAUGUAUUGUGUUACUGUGAUUGUUCAAGCAACUGGAGAGAAGAACUGCUGCAGUAGACAACUGUGAAACUGUGAUAUUUUAUAAAAUAGAAGAAAUUCAAGUGCUUUCUUUUUCUUUUUUUUUUAAAUCAAAAAUCUCAGCUGCUGCCUCUUUACUCUGUCUAAACUUCCUGUGUAAUAAAAAUACUAUGUUUUAGAUCCUAAGUUCUUGGGAUGCCAAAAUUCACAGGCAAGUAUAAGGAGGUGUGAUGUUGGCAACAUGCCUAUUUUUUAGGAAAGCUAUUGUUUUAAAAACAGGUCAACCCCUCUUUUAUACUGUUUAUUGACCUUUUAAAAAGUCUUUAUUUUUCAGCGCUGGAAACUGCAUUCUAAUGCAUUUUCUUCCACCUGAGCAUACAGAACUCUAUCCCACUUGAAAAUGACACUGUAUGAUUUACAUUACAAGAGGGGAGGGAGUUGCUAUACAUAUUAAAAUUGUUAAAAGGUUUAUAGCUACCACCAAACACUGAUGAAUGUGUGACCUUUGCCAGGGCUGUCAAGCUAGGACAAAAAAGGUCAAGGACCUAGGACAAUAACUCUUAGUCAAUUUAUUUUUGGUUGGUACAACACAUGUCGUGUGCAAAACGUAGUCCAUCAUAAACAUCAUACAAAUAGACUAAAGAGCACUAAUUUAUCCUCAGAGACCCUGAAGACACCCCUUCCCCAGGGUUUGUAGAAAUUUGUUUUGUGUGCUGUGAGUGGUGGAUGUAGUCUUGUCAUUGUUAAUAACUUGUAUGUGAACACUAUUAUUUGUACAGUUGAAUUAAUUUAUUUUCAGACAUCAUCCUUUUUUUUUUUUUUUUUUUUUUUCCUGGAAGAGUUCAAAGCACACCAAAGAAUUAUAUUAUACAUUUUGGUGAGAGAUGGUCAUUUAUGACCUACGAUUUAUUUAAAAAAAAAAAAAAAAGGAAAGAAAAUGGGAAAAAUAUAUUUUUAAGCUUACUUGAAUGAACAACGUAAUGUGAAAACCAGGACUCUUCCUGCAUGUCUCUUUUUUGCAUUGUGUUGAUGAGAUGAUAUAUAGUUUAUAGAUAUAUUCUAUUACUAGUACAGUGCAUGGUGCUGUCACUUUGAAAGCCUUUCAAUGUUGUCUUCAGAUUGUUACGGUGAAUAUGAAACAUGCAGACCCUCCUUUAUAAAGAAAAAGACCAUAAAACUUGAAUAUAAAAAAAUUCUACAUCUUUAAAGUUUAUUUGAUUUUCGUAUUAUUCAUUUUCAAAGCUCUUUCAAAUAGACAAAAUAAGAUGAGGUAUGAACUUUGGGGGGAUAAUUUAUGUAUCGUAAACUUAUUCAAACAAAAUAUUCCUGAUUUAUAAUGAGUUGUUUUAUUUAUACAACUUUUUCAAUGGUAGUUUGCACUAUUCUUUAUUAUGCUACAGGUUUAUUUAUUAUGAAACAAAGGAAUAUGUAUUUUAUGUAUUUUGCCAUGCAUAGGUUAACUCUGCCACAGAUUUAUUGGUUCCUGAUACACUUAAAGUAAAAACUUAAAAUGUGUACCUCCGAUAGAAAGCAAGAAUGAUUAUGAAGUAAAGAGUUUAAUAAAAGUAUUCUUCCUA